GUGAUUCGAGUUCUGCCGUGCAGUGUCUUGCUUCAGGAAGGACCCGUCACCGACGAGCUGGAUAGGUUGACAUUCACGUAAAGAUGGAUUUAGUUUUCGGUCUCUUGUGGCUGCUCACUGUGUUUCUGGAAGGCAUUUAUUGCCAAGGAGUCUAUGCUCCGCCUACUGUCCGAAUUGUGCACUCUGGCCAUGCGUGCAACAUCGAGGAGGAGCGGUACACGGAGAGGGUAUACACCAUCAGAGAAGGGGAAACUCUGGAGCUGGCCUGCUUGGUCACUGGCCACCCUCGACCGCAGAUCCGAUGGACCAAGACGGCGGGAAGCGCCUCGGACCGAUUCCAAGACUCCAGCGUCUUUAACGAGACCCUGCGCAUAACCAACAUCCAGCGUCACCAAGGGGGGCGCUAUUACUGCAAGGCAGAGAACGGCCUGGGCUCGCCGGCUAUCAAAUCCAUCCGGGUGGACGUAUACUACCUGGAUGAUCCUAUCGUGACAGUCCACCAGAGCAUAGGAGAGGCUAAGGAGCAGUUCUACUAUGAGAGGACAGUCUUCCUGCGGUGUGUGGCCAACUCCAACCCCCCAGUCCGCUACAGCUGGCGGCGUGGGCGCGAGGUCCUCUCCCAGGGCUCUGACAAGGGCGUGGAGAUUUAUGAGCCUUUCUUCACACAGGGGGAGACAAAGAUCUUAAAGCUGAAGAACCUUCGACCUCAGGACUAUGCCAACUACAGCUGCAUUGCCUCAGUCCGGAAUGUAUGCGGCAUCCCAGACAAGAACGUCCUCUUUAGGCUCACCAACAAAACAGCAUCGCCUACCAUCAAACUGCUGGGGGAUGACCCUGUGGUGGUGAACCCGGGCCAGACGGUGACUCUGGUGUGCAUCGCGUCUGACAGGGAGCCCACGCCCACCCUCACGUGGGUGCGGAAUACGGAAACGCUGCCAGAGAAGAGCGUCCUGAACGGGGGCACCCUCACCCUGCCCGCAGUCACCUCUGACGACGCGGGGGUCUACAGCUGCGUGGCUAACAACAACGUGGGCAACCCCGCCAAGAAAUCCACCACCGUAGUGGUCAGAGCGCUAAAGAAAGGAAGAUUCUGGAUCACCCCGGACCCCUACCACAACGACGACAACAUCCAGAUUGGACGGGAGGUGAAGAUCUCCUGCCAGGUGGAGGCCACGCCCCCUGAGGAGCUGAUGUUCAGUUGGCUGAAGAACGGGCGAGCGCUCCGUAGCUCCGAGCGAAUGGUCAUCACCCAGACCGACCCUGACGUCUCCCCAGGCACCACCAAUUUGGACAUCAUUGAUCUCAAGUUCACCGACUUCGGCACCUACACCUGCAUGGCCUCUCUCAAGGGUGGUGGAAUCCCAGAGAUCAGCAUUGAUGUCAACAUCUCCUCCACCACUGUUCCUCCGAACCUGACAGUUCCACGCGGGAAGUCACCCCUGGUGACCCAGGAGGGCGAUACGGUGGAGCUUCAGUGCCUUGUUUCAGGAAAACCCAAACCCAUCAUUCUGUGGUCCCGGGCUGACAAGGAGGCCCCCAUGCCAGACGGGAACAUGCAGACGGAGAGCUACGACGGCAUCCUGCGCAUCGUCAACGUCUCCCGGGAGAUGACCGGGUCCUACCGCUGCCAGACCAGUCAGUACAACGGCUUCAACGUCAAGCCCCGGGAGGCCAUUGUGGAUCUCAUUGUGCAGUAUCCUCCCACCGUGGAGCCAGUGUUUACGGAAAUUCGACAGGGCCUGACUCGCACCUUCGCCAUGAGCUGUCGGGUGCUGCGAGCCCACCCGUCGCGGGUUCUCACGUACGAGUGGCGUCUGGGCUCCAGACUGCUGAACACGGGGCAGUUUGACUCGCAGGACGAGACGGAGUACAGCGUGAGGAGCCUGAGCCGGGAGGGCUACGGCGAAUACACCUGUAACAUCACCAACGAGGCCGGAGCGGGCCGCUGCAGCUUCCUUGUUACAGGAAAGGCCUAUCCUCCAGAGUUCUUCUACGACACGUACAGCCCACUGUGGCAGAACCGGCCCCGCGUCUACGCUUUCAAGCUGCAGUGGACACAGAUGAACCCCAACGCCGUGGACCGAAUCAUGGCGUACCGCCUCGGGAUUCGGCAGACAGGGCAACAAAGAUGGUGGGAGCAGGAGAUCCCGAUCGAGGGCAUGAUCCAGAAGGGAGAGCUGAUCACCUAUAAUCUGACGGAGCUUAUCAAGCCAGAGGCCUACGAGGUCCGCCUCACCCCCAUCACCCGGUUCGGGGAGGGGGACUCUACCAUUAGGAUCGUCAAGUACAGCGCUCCAAUCAACCCACACCUCAGAGAGUUUCACUGCAGCUUCGAGGAGGAGCCCAUCUGCAUGUUCACGCAGGAGAAGAGCGACGAUUUCGACUGGACCCGCCACAGCGCCGCCACCCGUGACACCAAGUACACCCCCAACACCGGGCCCAGCAGCGACCGCGGAGGCUCCAAGCAAGGGUUCUACAUGUACAUCGAGACUUCAAGACCACGAAUGGAGGGAGACAAAGCACGUCUGCUGAGUCCAACCUUUAACAUUGCCCCCAAAAACCCAUAUGGCACCACCAACCCCUACCACCAAGCCUACUGCUUCAGCUUCUACUACCACAUGUACGGGAAACACAUAGGUACGCUGAAUGCCUAUUUGCGAUUGAAGAGUCAGACCAUGACCGAGAGUCCUGUAUGGACACUGAGUGGAAAUCAAGGUGACCGCUGGAAGCAAGCCAAAGUGAACAUCCAUCCGACAUCAGCUUUUCAGAUGGUGUUGGAAGGUAUCCGUGGCCCCGGGAUUGAAGGGGAUAUUGCCAUAGAUGAUGUGACUAUUGAGGAGGGAGAGUGCGGAGACCCUCCACCUAAUCUGAGGUCUGCAGCCUGUUCCACUCCGCCCCUUAUAUGGCAUUUAUGUGUCACCCUGCUCCUGGCUGUUUUCGUCAAUCGGAGGUGACCUUGCAGCGGCAGAGGCUAUAAAAGUAUUCACCUGGCUCUUAUACCAAGGAGGAGCCUGUGUACCUGGACCUUCAAUAUAUAAUUACCAAAGAUUCAUCCAGUCAAACUACAGAGGGAAAGAGCAGCACACCUGGGGCUCAAUUGGGAGCGAAAAAACAAUGAAAAAACAACAAAAAACAAAAACAAAUAAAAAACUAUGGAAAAAAACUAUACAAAAAUGAAUAAAGAUCAUGAAGAUUAUAUUAUUUUUGAAUAAAUAUAUGCAUAGAACGCUCCCAAGGGCAGGAUGGAAUAUUGUUUAUUUGCUCUUUAUGGACGGUCUUGUUUCGGGUGCACCCCAGGCUACCCUGUUACAGACAUGGUUUUGGGGAAUUGAAAGGGAGAAUCUUUGUAAAGCACAAGGACAUUGCUGAGGUUUGUUCCAUAAAGUCGGUCUGUAUUCUGUGGAUUUGUUUUUCUCUUCAGAACAAUUUUCUUUUGGCCAAGGAUUUAUAUCUAUUUGAAAGGAAGUGGUAUAGAAUAUAAACACAAAAGCUUACCUGGCUGACUGAUUGAAGAAGGUUUAUAAACCCCCUCGACCUUCAUGAAGGCAUGAUUAACCCUGGCAAGCACUUUUGCCUUUGGCUGUUAGUUUUCCUCCAGUGACCCACAUGAUCUCAAAGCUUAUCAAGUUUUUUUGCCUUCCUUUACUUGCAACAGAUAACAAUACCUCCCUUUUCAGCGAAAAAAAUCAGCAACCUGAGUUUUCUGUUCAGUAUACCCCCAUAAAAAGUGGGAGUAAAAAUCCUCAUAUCUAUGUUUUAACCCUGCAUGACUUUCUGAUUGUUGUUCCACGACACUGUGCCCACGUAUCAUUGUGGCAGCCUGGAGGAGAGUUGCUCGUGAGGUUUGAAAAGGCGGUUACGCUCUUGUACGUCCCAUUUCAGCAGCUUGUCAACCCGAGGAAUGGGAGCCACUUUCUGCCAUGAAACCAAGUGCCUUCAGAUUUCAAAUAAAACUGCAUCCCUGAAGUUCAAACGAAAGUUCAACGAUGUAUUCCAGUGCCGCUGCUGGGCUAUUUUCUACACAAUCCUGGCCCAAAGGCACGGUUUAUAGGCCAAUAGUAAUACCGGAAUUAACGGCCGAUGUUACGUCAAAGGCUAGACGAUGUUUAUGGAUGACCCGGCUUCUGGAAUGAGCAAAAAGAAGCCCACCUAUGGCUGUCUUGGUUCUGAUGAAGGCAGUUACCUCCCUCAGCAGUAAUGGCCUUUCAGCAUGCAACAGACACCAUCCUCACCUUCAAACGGAAAGGAGAAAAACUGUGCUGAGAGAAGGAGAGUGACGGCAGAACGUUUUCACAGUCACCAAGCCAGAGGACUAGGCGCACUGGUGUUGGGCCUGUGGUAUACUGGGGUGAAAAGCUAGGCGGAGUUUGCCCUGGCUCACCAAAAGCGAUUCAAGAGUUAGCCCCCAACCCAAUCCAAGAGGUCCCUAGGCAUGCAAAGACAUUUCUCUGACAUACAGGGACUACAGUGCUAAGAGAGCCUCAGCAUCACAAUCUUUAAGGACAGGGUUACACUGAAAACUAGCAACCCGCUGGAUGAAAUAUAGGUUUUCCUGCCUCUGCCCUGUGUUUCCAGCUGUGUGGAUUCUGACAAAAACAAAUAUUUUAUUAAUCUAGCGAGUGUAGCUCUGCUUUUACACAAACUGUAAAGAAUGACUUUGGAACUACCUGAGAUCAUUGGAUACCUUAACCAGCUGGUUUUUGAAAAUGUAUUGUAAAAUCUCCCUUACAUUGUUGAUUAUGAUGAUAUCUAAAGACUCCUUUCAUUUUUCUCCUUUCUCCAUGCUUUCUUUUUGCCGAAAAGAUCUGAAUUUAUAGCUUCAUGUAACAGACUCUUUUUUUACUUAUGGUUUCAUUCUGGAAUAUCACCCUUUCUUUGUCCCCUCACAUUACAAAAAUAUCAAAAAGAAGCAGAAGAUGAUAUGCAAAUUAAUUAGGUAAAUUAUUUUAAUUGAGGGCUCCAUUAGGUAACAUUUGUGAGUAUUCAUACAAAAGCACAAGAUGUAAUAAUAAAGAUACAAAACCAAGGCUCCUUUUUUCUUUUUUUUCUUUUUUUUCUUUUUUUUCUUUUUUUUUGCUUUAAUCUGUAGAUUUUUACACCCAGAAUUUUAAAAAUUACAUCCUUGCAACUUAUGACAUAAACCAGAAAAAAAAAGAUUUUACAUCUGUGUUCAAUAAAGCUCUUUUUUGGGUAAGAUGUGAUUUAUUGCAUGUGUGUUUGCUGUUAUAAAAAAGCAAAAGUCUAAAAAUAAGACAACUAUUAGCCCUUUUCAUUUUACCAGCUCUCCAGAGGCUUACAGUUUUGUGUUUGACUGCUUUGUUUAUCUCUGAUUUGUGCAGCCAUUAUCAACUCCCCAGUGAACACUUGUCUGAAGUUCAAAGGAGUUGGGUGGAAAAUACAAGUACAAAUUCGUU